UAAAUUUAUCGAGUAUUUUUCAUUUACUAAGAUGCGUGUUAAACUGUCAAUAACAACACGCAAUCGCAGUAUAGGCUAUACUUUUACCUCUAAUCUGUUGGGUGUGCUAACCUAAAAUGUGCACAUUAAUAAAUUGGGAAUUUUCUUAUUUUUAACAGCAGGUACUCGUACACACAACAAGAUGUAUCUUAAAGAAUUGGUGACAAACGUUUUUGGAUCACCUUUUUUUGAUGAAAUUAAUAAUCCUGUAAGCUGCAAUGAAUCACUCGAUAAAGAUCAUUCAGAGAUCCAACGGAUUAUUAAUCAAAUUGAACAACGAGUCGGACAAAUAUUAUUUGAAGCAAAGAAUGAAAAUAAUUUGGUUGAUGAUAGAGAAGGAAGAUUAGGGCCUAAGCUUGUAAGGUUAGACACAUCUACGCAUCAUGGUCUAUUUAUUGUAUCAUCUGACAGACUCAGCGUCAAUUCACAAAGCAACUUUAGUACAAUGAGAGCAAAUACUGGAGUUUAUCGAGGUAAAUGGAUGUACGAAGUUCAAUUAGGCUCCAAAGGAGUAAUGCAAUUAGGCUGGGGCACGGCGCAAUGUAAAUUUAAUCAAGAAUCUGGAGUUGGUGAUAUAGUUAAUUCGUACGCGUACGAUGGAAACCGUGUGAGAAAGUGGAAUGUAUCCACGCACAAAUAUGGAGAGCCUUGGCUCUCUGGCGAUAUAAUUGGCUGUGCUAUAGAUAUGGAUAAUGGAUCGAUAUCGUUUUAUAGGAAUGGAAAAAAUUUAGGAGUGGCUUUUGAAAGAAUUACCAUGGGUCCAGGCAUUCUGUAUUUUCCAACAGUGAGUUUAGCGUUCACUGAAAAUAUAACAACAAAUUUUGGAACAACACCAAUGAGGUAUCCGAUAGAAGGUUAUCAAAUAUUACAACAACGUCCAGCUGUUGAAAUUCAGAAUGCUCAAAUUUUGUUUGAAUGGUUGGAAAGACUACUCAAGGAGUAUAAAAACCUAGAUGAUUUAAUCAAGUUUUGUAAAGAAGAUCAAAUUAUAAGUAUCAGAGCUUUUAUGGCAUGUGUAGCAAGGUGUAUUUUAAAACAAAUUGGUCCACUGGUCGCCGUACCGUACAUUGCACAAGACAUUUUUGUUCCGUUUGUAAAGAAAAUUAUAAAAAUUGAUAACGAUAUGCUAUUCACGUGUUUGGACUUGAUGUGGACGUUUUUAGAAAAACAUGAAAUGAAAGUUUGUUUGGAAACUGCCGUUACCUAUCUAUCAUCUGUAUUUCGACAAGUGUCGGUUGUUCUCAAAUAUCCAGAUCAGUGCGCGGUUCUCGUGUUGCUGAAUAAUCUGUGUCAACACACAAGAACGAGACAUUACCUAUUGCAAUUUAUUUUAUUUGACAAGGUGAAAUUCGCUAAUUUUAUUCACGUUAAACCAGUAGAUGACGACUGUUUGAAUAAUAUUGUAAAUACAAUUUGGUGGGAAACCAGUCCGAUUGAUUCGUUGAUAGAAAGUAAUAAGGUGCAUUAUACGAAGGCUUGUGAUGAAAUAAAAUUUUGUGUAACAGAAGUUGAAUCACUUCAAGUAGAGUUAUUAAAGACACUUUUGAUCAAUACCGAUGGGGAUGCAACCAGCACACCUACAUCACGUACAAUUUUUUUGAGGAAAUUUCGACGUUUUGUGAAGGAAAAUUUAAUAUCCAGCCGUUCUGAAUUUCUGCAGCCAAUGCCGAUGCACCAGACCCCGUUACCUAUCACAUUGUGCUGUUUCCAUCGACUUUUGGUGACUUUCAGAGUUUUGUGGAAUGAUGAAAUCGGCUUGACAAAUCCAGUGUAUACUCCCUGCAGGUCUUUCUGUGAUUCGUCGAUAAAUUAUUCCGGUAUCGACCGAAUUGGCGGUGUUCUAUCUCACCUGAACAAAGCGUUUCAAAACGAUCUACUUCAGUUACUUGGAAGCGAUCACCUGCAGCUGCAGCAGGAGACUGUCACAGCUGAGGCUGAGAAUACGCAGUUAACUGCAAACGCGUUUGCUGCUGGAAAUACAAGAGUUGCAGCGGCAGCAGCAGCAGCAGCAGAAUCGCCUGUCAUAUCGGUAUUUGCCCGAAUGAUAAACGUAAAUUCGGUAAACGUUGGAGGAUCGUCACUUUUAGAAAGGAUAGGAUACUUUCCUUACCAUAGUAGAGAAGAUGGAACUCCUAUGCAACUUGGGCCACAAGAUUCUGCAAUGUCUCUUAUCGAAUUGUUGGAUGGAAUCAUAUUGUUUUAUCAUGCUGCAGCCAAGAAACAAAUUGCUAAAGUAGCAAACAUAAGAGAUGUUAUGUCAGAGUAUAUUAUCGCAAUUUCAGAAACGAAAAAUAGAUUGGAUCUAGUAAAAAAUUUUAAUGACCGAAUCUCUCAAGACAUUCAACUACAGUUGCUCAAGACUAUUGAGAUUUUCAACAAAAAAUUGACCGAGCAGGCCCGACACAUGGCUUGGGUGCGAGCGGUCGUGUACUCGGAAGAGAAGCAACAACGCUUAGUAUGGCUGCUAAAAACGAUAUUGACGACUCUGGAAAAGGCGAGCGAAAAUGGCAAUUUAUUCAGUUUCGUUCCCGAAUUUUAUCUCGAAGUCUUGGCCGAUUUGUUAAAUAGCUUGAAAAACCACAUUCAUCCAACUGUUCCCAUGGACAGAAUCGCGGGCUUCAAAGAAAUGUUGCAAGAGAUCGCUCAGUUUUUGUGCGAUCAUUUUCAAGAUACGCGAAUCGUAAAUGCCAAUUCGAAAGAUACUUUAAUUUUAACUUUAGCUGGCUUUGCUUCCAAUUCCAUGACUCUCGAAGCCCUGGAGAGCGUCUCUAGAGACUCUCGAAUGAAAAUGGUUUCGAAUUUAUUGAGGUCCUAUGAAAACCGAGCGUGGGCACAAUCAAACUGGAUUUUGGUAAGAUUUUGGCAAGGGAACGGAUUUGCUUUUCGUUAUGACAAAAGUCCCCACAUAGCUAAGAAGGUCGGACCAAAGAUAUUAAAUCAGGAGUCGUUGGCGCAACCCAUAAAACCGUGUCCAUCGAGUGUGUUCCAAGACCACAUUAAACAAGUAUUAUUGAGUAACAAUCAAGCCACUACUCUGUUUUUAAACUCUUUGCUCAAUCAACUAAAUUGGGCGUUCUCAGAAUUUAUCGGAAUGAUUCAAGAAAUUCACAAUGUAUCUUCCAGGCCAGAGCGCGUUUUCAUCGAAUCGCGACAGCUGAAAAUAUGUGCCACCUGCUUUGAUCUCGCAGUAUCACUUUUAAGAGUCCUAGAAAUGAUAGCGUCUAUAGCUCCUAACGUAUUUACUGACUCCUCUCUUCCAUCCAGCGAAAACCUUCUUGCCCGACUGUGUCAGCUGCUUUGUCAGAUAUUGAAUCGAACGAGUAUGCAGACUAGUUCUUUUCAGCAUGUUGUUCUAUUAGAUAUUCCCGAUCUUCAAACUGUUGAUCAUUUUCCCAUUUUAACCGCUGUUGUAGGAAUUUUACUAGCUUUGUUAAAAGAAGAUAUGCUGAUAAGUGAAUCGGAUCAAGUUCCAAAAGUAACGAAAGCAAUAAUCACGGAACCUAGUUUUCAAAUGACUUCACUCUACUUUGUUUUGGGUGAUGUUAAAAAUACGAAAAUUAAAAAUCUGAAGCCGUUUUCUUUUCUCAAUUAUAAAGACCAACACCUGCACGUGACGGAAGCCGAAAUUGAUUUAGUCAAAAAAAUGAUUCGUCAUUUGGAUUAUUAUCGAACGCAAUUGCCGUUAGCCGAAACACCGUGCAAUGAUGAUGAUCUUUGCACGAUUUGCUAUGCCUAUCCUAUCACAGCUAUAUUCAAGCCGUGUAACCAUACUUCUUGUCAUGCUUGUAUAGACCGACAUCUGUUGAACAGCAGAAAUUGUUUUUUCUGUAAAGCAUCUAUAACUCAAGUUGUAAGUACCGAAGGAAAAGUUCUACACGAAUUUUCAAGUGAAACUUCCAUCCAAGUUUCAUCAUCAGAAUCAACAGAAGACUCGAUGCAGCCUUAAAUAAUCAAACAAAUUCGUCAUGUUGAUACUAAACAAAAAUUGUUGUGUUAUUCGCGUGAAAUUUUAAUGAGAGGGUUGACUGUAAAACAAUAAAAUACCUAUUUAAAAAUUG